AUGGCUGAGGAGGAUGAAGAGCUCGACCUGUACAAUGAGAUGACUUUUGGGUUAGACCGAGACUCCACUGAGGAGGACACCACAAAACCCCUGAUGCCUCUGGAGAUGAGCCCUGAGCUGGCUGAAGCAGCAGCAGAGGAGACCGAGGCUGGGGAGGAACUGGAGCCCGGAGCAGCUGAGCCGGAGGAGCUGGGAGAGCCCCAGGAAGAAGGUGGGAUGGAGCCGGAGGUUGAGCAGUUUGGCUCUGAGUUGGAGGAAGAAGAGGAGGAGCUGGGGACUGAGGAACAGGAGGAAGACCAGGAGCCCUGCGAGGAGCCCAAUGAUCUGGGAGACCCAGCAGUGAUGAGAGCCGUACAGAGCAAACCCACGUUGGAGAGCCAGGACUCGGCUGUGCUGGACAGCAGGAUUGGUGCUUGCUGGGCAGAGUUUGGCAAAGAGGACAUGCUGCCAAUGGAUCCUGCAGGCUGGGGUUCCUGCCCUGCCAGCAUCCCGUCCCCCCACGGGCUGGAGGAUAAAGCCAUCCUCCAGGUCCUGGAGAGGCCCCCACCAUCCACCAACGUGGCCCUCGACUUCCUUGGCUCCCCCAUGCAGCGGGGCUACGGGGGCUCUCCCCGGCUCAAGCGCCCCAACUUAAGGCUUAUGUCCCCCAAGUCCUUCCCCCAGCGAUUUCUCCGGCAGGUAACGGGGUAUGCGUCUCCCACCCCUUUCCGGCCCAUGUCACCCAACAUCAGCAGCCCACCGCAGCCUCUUGCCAUGCACUUUGGUCCCAUGUCUCCUUCUUUGGACCCCACUCUCUUCUUCAGUCCAUCAGCCAGCGGUCAGCUGAACCUCAGCGUGCCCAGCCAUAUGACCCAGCUGCACCCCCAGCACCAGCGGAUCCUGACGCAGCGGCAGCAGCAAGGCAGGCAGGCGCAGAGCAUGUCCCCCAAGAAGUUGUGGUCUCCUAAAGCGGACCCUUAUGCUGGGCUGAUGACCUCUAAGGAGAAGGACUGGGUCGUCAAGGUGGAGAUGAUCCAGCUGCAGAGCGAGAACAUGGAUGAUGACUACUACUACCAGAUGUACUACCACCGACUGGAGCGCAAACAGGCAGAGGAGGAGCUCCUUGGUGGGCGCAACAAGCAGGAGCCGCCCAAGCUGGUCACGCCAUUCAUCCAGAAAGUGGAGACGUACGACUCUGUGGUGCGCAUCGCGGGCUCGCUGGGCCAGGUGGCAGUGUCCACCUGCUACAGCCCUCGCCGGGCCAUCGAUGCUGUGCACCAUGCCCUUGUGGAGGAGGCAGCGGGGAGCCACCGGCUUCGGGCACUGCACAGGAUCGAGAAGCUUUUUCUGCAGUUGCUGGAAGUGGAGGAGACGCAACGGAAGAUGUCCCUGGCCCCGGAGGGGAAGCAGCCCUGCUGUGAGGAGCAGAAGAGCCAAGAAGUGGAGCGUAUCUACCAAGUCUUGAAGAUCAGAGCUUGCAGAAGUGAAGAGGAGGCAGAGGAUGAAUUCCUGCAACUCCUAUGUGUGCGGAAGGGCAAGAAGCUCACAGCCCGGCUGCUGCCCCACCUGACCCGGGAGCAAGCGGAGAAGAUCCUGCUGACCAUCACCCACCACCUGCCCUUCCUCAUGAAGAAGGACAUGUUGGAUGAGUCUCUCUCCCUGCUCUACAGCCCGUUGAAUGAAGUGGUGGGUGGGAUGACCUUCAGCAAACUCAUUGAGGUCCUGCAGAAGAUGACCAGGCCUCUGCCUGAGUCCCCUGAGCUCCCCCUUGCCAUGGCCUUGAAGAACCAGUUUGGCAUCUCCUUGCUCUACUCCCUGCUGAGCCACGGCGAGAGGCUGCUGUCCUCCGAUGUACCACUGGAGCCACGUAGCGGGGACUUCGAGAUGUGGACGGACACAGUGUUCCUGGUCGCCCGGGAGCUGUCACAAGUGCCCAAGACCUCGCUGGUGGAGCCUCUCUUCUUGCCCAGCAACCUUCUCUCACUCUUCUGCCGCUACCUGGACAAGCAGACCGUCCACCACCUGGAAGCCAAGAUGGAGUGCUCCCCGCUGCCGUCAGAGGCUGCCAUGCCGUGCUGA